AUAUAUUAUAAUUUUUUGUUGACAUUUUGAAGAGUAGUUGGCGAGUGGACCGCGGACCGUGGACUUUAGAGUAUUACCCAACACAAAGCUCCAUGUAGUGUAUAAGCAGCAGCUUGUUCAUAAAACUAGUAUUCCAGUUUCUCUUCCUGUGAAAAUUAUUCAAUAUUAUUUACCAUCUCUGAGUAUGGCUCAGGCAAUUGUUAAUCUUGCCUUGGGGCAGCUGCUUCAAAAGAUAGAGAAACGGGUGAGGCUAGUUGGUGAUGCCAAAAAGCAAGUGAAAAAACUUCGGAGCAAUCUUGAAGCCAUUCAAGCCGUGUUACUUGAUGCAGAGGAGAGGCAAGUGAAGGACAAAGCUGUGAGACGUUGGUUAGAUCAGCUCAAAGACACAUCCUACGACAUGGAAGAUGUGUUGGAUGAGUGGAACACUGACAUCAUGAAGUUGCAGGUUGAAGGAGAUCUUAAAGAUGCUCCUGCUCCUAAGCAGAAGGUACCUUCCCUCUUCCUCUGUCCUUGCUUUGGUAUCAAACAAUUUGUUUUACACCUUGAAAUAGCACAAAGGAUAAAAGCAUUAAAUGGAAAAUUAGAUAUUAUUGCUGAAGAAAAAGAUAGAUACAAUUUCAAGGAAAUGAAGUGUACUGAAACAUCUGAACGAGUUCGAAGUACGUCUUUAGUUGAUGUGGCUGAAAUAUAUGGUCGAGAAUUUGAGAAGAAUUCUUUAGUGAGUAAGUUGUUAGACGAGAGAAAUGAAGAACAAAAAGACCUUCAUGUCAUCUCACUGGUAGGGAUGGGAGGAAUUGGGAAAACAACUCUUGCUCAAUUAGCUUACAAUAAUGACAAGGUCAUAAGUCAUUUUGACACAAGAAUAUGGGUGUGUGUAUCAGAUCCUUUUAAUGAGUUUAGGGUUGCCAAAGCAAUCAUUGAAGGAUUGAAAUGUAAUACGCAUAAUUUAGUUGAAUUGGAGUCUCUUUUGCAAUGUAUUCAUCAAUCUAUUAAGGGCAAGAAAUUUCUUCUCGUUUUAGAUGAUGUGUGGUCAGAAGAUUACGACAAUUGGAAACGCUUUUAUCAUUGUCUAAAGAAUGGCUCCCAUGGUAGUAAAGUUUUGAUUACAACAAGAAAGAAUACAGUUGCAUCUAUUAUGGAGUCAGUUGAUCCUAUUAUUAUAAAGGAAUUAUCUGAGAAGGAAUGUUGGUUGUUGUUUAGUCGGUUGACAUUUUUUGAUAGGCCUUCUAAUGAGUGUGAAAAAUUAGAGAAAAUUGGAAGAGAAAUUGUUGCGAAGUGCAAGGGCUUGCCGCUUGCUGCAAAAACCAUUGGCAGCCUCUUAAGAUUUAAGAGAACCAAAGAUGAAUGGCAACGUAUUUUAGAUAGUGAAAUUUGGAAGCUAGAAGAGAUUGAGAAAGGUAUUUACUCACCUUUGAUGUUAAGUUAUAAUGAUUUGCCAUCCAUGAUAAGACGGUGUUUUUCAUAUUGUGCUAUCUUCCCAAAAGAUCAUGAUAUAGAUAAAGAUCAGUUGAUCAAAUUGUGGAUGGCUCAAGGUUAUCUUGGGUUGGAAAAAGAUACAGAGAUGGAGAUAAUAGGUCAAGAGUAUUUUGAUCAUUUAGCAUCACGAUCAUUCUUCCAAGAGUUUCGAAAAGACAAAGAUGAGAAUAUCAUAAGAUGCAAGAUGCAUGAUAUAGUUCAUGACUUCGCUCAAUUUCUCAGUAAGAACGAACAUUUUACUAUGGAAAUCAAAGGGGGCAAGGAAGAGCUAGUCUUAAACACUUCCAAUGAGAAAACUCGACAUUUGAUGUUAAUGCCUAACCAAGAGGCUACAUUUCCCAUCUCCAUUUGUAGCCUCAAAAGUUUGCGGAGUCUCUUAAUUGGUCGGGGAGGUUUUAAGUAUUUGGUGCCUAAUGAUGUUCUAGCAAAUCUCUUUGGUGAAUUGACAUGUUUAAGGGCAUUAGACAUAAGCGCAGGAUUUGGAAGAGAGAACUUGAUUACAACGAUUCCAAAAGAGAUUAAAAAACUGCUACAUUUGAAAUAUCUGAAUUUGUCUCAUCAGAAAGUGGAAAAACUUCCAGAGAGUAUAUGUGAGUUAUACAAUCUGCAAACUUUAGAUAUAUCUUCGUGUGCAAAGCUUAAAGAACUGCCUCAAGGGAUGGGGAAGUUGAUGAACUUGCGGCAUUUGCUUAAUCUUGGAACUUUAUCAUUAAGUUACAUGCCCAAGGCAAUUGAGAAAUUAACUUGUCUCCGAACAUUGACUAAAUUCUUCGAAAAUAGCUGCAGCAGUGAUGGUAGUAAAGCAUGUAGUACUCUUGCAUGCUUGAAAGAUUUGAAAUAUUUAAGAGGAGCGCUUGUAAUUAUGGGACUAGGAAAUGUGACCAAUGUGAGUGAGGUUAAGAGAACGCAAAUUCUCGGCAAUAAGAAAAACCUCUUCUAUUUAACGCUUAGUUUUGAUAAAGAUGGAGAAGGAGAGAGGGAAAAUGAUGAUGAUGAGUUACUUCUUAAGGCGUUGCAGCUGCAUCCAAAUUUAGAGAAAUUAGAUGUAGCUUAUUACAGAGGCAGCACUUUUUAUUCUGAUUGGGUCAUGUCUUUAACUGGGCUGAGGGAAUUGAUUCUUUUCAGCUGCAGAAAUUGUAUGCAUUUGUCUACCUUGGGAAAAUUGCCAUCACUUGAAUCACUAAUCAUACAGGAUACGAGUGUGAAAAAACUAGUUACGGGAAUUGAAAGCGAUGGUGCAUUUUCAUCAUCUACAUCAGUUAUUCUCUUUCCCAAGUUGAAAGUUGUUGAAUUCUGGCGAUUUUUUGAAUGCGAAGAGUGGGAUUACGGGAAUACAAUCUUGCCAUGCCUUGCUUUUUUGUCAAUCAAUUACUGUGGAAAAUUACGUGCACUACCAGAUGGCCUUCUCCAAGGGGCGAAAAAUCUACAACAUUUGUCAAUUAUUCAAAGUUAUCAUUUGGAAGAACGUUACAGAAAGAGAACAGGAGAGGACUGGCAAAAGAUCUCCCACGUUCCCAACAUCAAAUUCACUGGUGCAUUUAUGUAAGGAGGCCCACUCCGUUGAGUUAUUUUUUGGAAUAACCAACCAUCAAUCCACAAAGGACAUCUGCAGAAAUAUUGACCAUAAUGUUGAAGUUUGUAAUUUAUGCUGAAAGGAACAGAGGAGAUAAAUUUAUGCUAGUUGCAGUGCUUUGCUGAAAGAAACAGAGGAGAUAGUCAAUAAUUCGGGUUUCGCAUGUAAUUAAUAUUACUGUUUCAGGGUUUUCUUCUUCGUGUAUUUGCAUAUUACCUAAAGUGAAAAUGUUUAUUAUGGUUAUGUCAAUAAUCAUGAUUGUAUUUAUUUCAACAACUUUUUAUUCCUAUUAAAUAAAAAAUGUUUAGUAUGGUUAUGUUAAUAAUCAUAAUUGUUUUAA